AUGUCAGUAGAUGCCGAGAUACAGAAAGUACAAGAUGCACUAGCUAGAGUACACCAGACCUUCUAUGACCUCGCCUUUGGCAUGAAGAAUAUUACUGCUGAACUGGAUGCCAAGCUAAGUGUCUUCAACCAAGAAGUUCAAGGAGUUGAACAUGAAGUCGCUUUGGUCCGAAGCGGUGUUCUGACCGUUACUGAUAGUGUAAGUUUUUAAAUUUAAUACCUAUUAAGCAAUAGCUUUAUUUAAAAUAUAGUUUUAAAUUUCAAAAGCUAUUUUUAAAUUCUUGUUUUUAAUAAAGUUCACUUUAGUUCCCCAACCGAACAUCGUACAUGGUGAUCCUACUAGUUAUCGACUUCAUCAUCUGGAUACUGGCCGGCUUUCUAUUGUACAAAAUAGUCCAGAACUGCCGUUUUGGCCCCAAAAACUCGACCAAAAUGAUCUCGAAGUACGAAAAGUUGAUGAACAAACAAGACAAGAAAGACACCGUGCCUGUCUACAGUCCCCCUCCAGAAUACUACGCAAUUACAGUUGACAUGGACGAUGAAAUGGAGGUACCACCAUCAGAGUACCAAAACGAAGGACGACAUUGGAACAUCCUGAUGCCUAAGACGUUCUGGAAGAAGAACGUUCCAGUUGAUGCCGUUUAA